CUGCACAUUUGUGUUCUGCCCUUUAAAUUAGGGUUAAAUGGUCAUUUGUCAUUUGAUUGUUGUCAAUUAAUGUUUCACAUUUGUCCCUCUUGAAUUGAUUUUUGUCAAUUUACUGUGUUCAUUGUAGAGCUGAUGGAAGUGAAAGAGGAACAUCAAAAACUGAAUGAAGUGGAGGAAAAACUUCAGUAUCAGAAACAUCAUGAUUUUACAACUUCACAUAAAAAUUCUUUGAGUUUCUCAAAGACUAAGAUGAAAUUCUCUUUAAAAAAGCCUCAAAGAAGAGCAGCCAAGGAAUCUUCCACUUGCUGUCAGUGUGGAAAGAGUUUCACUCAGUCAGAACACAUGAAAACACACGAGAGAAUUCAUACAGGAGAAAAACCUUACAAGUGCUCACACUGUGAAAAGAGUUUCACUCAGUCACAACACCUGAAAAUACAUGAAAGAAUUCAUACUGGAGAAAAACCUUACAAGUGCUCACACUGUGGAAAGAGUUUCACUCAGUCACAUGACCUGAAAAAACACAAGAGAAUUCAUACUGGAGAAAAACCUUACAAGUGUUCACACUGUGAAAAGGGUUUUAAUCACUCUGAAAACCUGAAAACACACGAGAGAAUUCAUACAGGAGAAAAACCUUACAAGUGCUCACACUGUGAAAAGAGUUUCACUCAGUCACAACACCUGAAAAAACAUGAGAGAAUUCAUACUGGAGAAAAACCUUACAAGUGCUCACACUGUGGAAAGAGUUUCACUCAGUCACAAGAUCUGAAAAAACAUGUGAGAAUUCAUGCUGGAGAAAAACCUUAGAAGUGCUCACACUGUGGAAAUUUCAAUCAGUCACAAAACCUGAAAACACACGAGAGAAUUCACACUGGAGAAAAAAGUGUGUACUGUGAAAAGAGUUUCAGUCUCUCAGAAUACAUGAAUCGUAAAACCACAGUAAAAUUUAAAAGAGAGGGAAAAAACACUUACUCGCCGGUUCUCCGAUACGCCAUAGCUUGGUCCUCGGCCACUCCUCCACCCUCUAUUGGAUGACAGCUGUGCCUCCCCGGGCAGAUCGGAGAAAGUCCUCCGGCCCCUGGCGGAUGGAAUGCCCUGCCGUGUUUUUGGUAGAUGGUAGGGGUCUUCCCUGCCCCUGGCUCCAGGCGGUUGGUUGGGAGCCCCUCGUGGUCAGCGGGAGUUUCUCUGUUUCCAGGCGGCUGGGCUACUCUGUCCUCCGGCAGAUGGCUGUGGCUGCUCCUUUGGGGUGGAUGGUAGCAGAGAGAACUUCACUACGGCACAUCCCUCUUCCUUCCUAAGUUUCGGCACCAUUGUAAAGGGAUAAAUGGAAAGGAGGAGGUGAGAACCGGCUUGACAAUAUAAAUAAUAGUUUAAUGAAGAACUGAACCAAAAGACACAAACACACACAGGUGUCCGGCAGCUGCCCGUAAAUCUCUCUUUCUGUCGCAACGCCAUAUCCGGUCGGCUUUUAUCCCUCUCAGAGGCUUGAUUAGCCUGAUAAGGGGCCGGGUGUGUAGCAUCAAGACUUAGUCCCAUUGUUUGGUUGUUGAUCAUUGUUUAUGUUUCAGUUACUUUCUGAGGUGAAUGCAGUGCCAAGAUGUGAAUGUCUCAAGUCAUUUGGAUGAUGAAGUUUUGUUAACUGGAUUAGGGCUGGUUGAUUCAGAGUCUUCACCCAUUGGAAAUUUUGUUUAACCUUGAAAACUUUGUCAAAAUCUGGAAGUACUGCCCCCUAAAUGCCUAUGAAAUACAAUGUAUGCUCUGAGUCCGACUUGAUGACUGCAUCAGAUAUAUGGAAUUUCCCCCAAACGAGCAGCAUCAUCUAAGACAAUAACAAAGGACAUUUAAGAAAUUCCUUACAUGAUUUUUAUUUUUGUUGGAAUGGGAUACAUUUUUUGUUUUGAGUGGGCUAAAUUAUUUGUGAUGCCCUGAUCAAUCUGGCCAAUGAUCGGUAUUAGCCUAUAAUCACUUCCUAUGAUUUGUGUUGUCAUAAUUCAUGGUUCAUCAAACCGUUCAAAGUAACAUUAUAGGGCCAGACCGCCAGUUAGUAUCACACACAAGUGAAAUGGAAACUCCUGCUCAAGAACUGGCAAUGUUUCUUAUGCAUUAGACACUUCAAGCAAUUUCAGGAAGUUGUGGGGACAAAAUUGGCCAAGGCAAAAUGUGUUAAAGACAUGUCCCACCCAUUACACCCAUAAGUGAUGCCUAUGUUUAAAUGUUGUUAUUUUGACAAAAUGUAGUCAAUUGUUGAACGUAGUUAGAUAUACAGGCGUAUGCAGAAGUUUAGGCACCCCUGACAAUUUCCAUGAUUUUCAUUUCUAAAUAAUUGGGUGUUUGGAUCAGCAAUUUCAUUUUGAUCUAUCAAAUAACUGAAGGACACAGUAAUAUUCCAGUAGUGGAUUAGUACAUUGGAUUAACAGAAAAUGUGCAAUAUGCAUCAAAACGAAAUUAGACAGGUGCAUAAAUUUGGGCACCCUUGUCAUUUUGGUGCCUAGCUACCUAGCACUGAUUAAUUGGAACACACAAUUGGCUUGGUGAGCUCAUUAAGCGUUGAACUUCAUAGACGGGUGCAUCCAAUCAUAUGAAAAGGUAUUUAAGGUGGCCAAUUGCAAGUUCUUGUUGUUCUCUUUCACUCUCCUCUGAAGAGUGGCAACAUGGGGGCCUCAAAACAACUCUCAAAUGACCUGAAAACAAAGAUUGUUCAACAUUAUGGUUUAGGGGAAGGCUACAAAAAGCUAUCGCAGAGAUUUAAGCUGUCAGUGUCCACUGUGAGGAACAUAGUGAGGAAAUGGAAGACCACAGGCACAGUUCUUGUUAAGGCCAGAAGUGGCAGGCCAAGUAAAAUAUCGGAGAGGCAAAGGCGAAGGGUGGUGAGAACGGUCAAAAACAGCCCACAGACCACCUCCAAAGACCUACAACAUCAUCUUGCUGCAGAUGUUGUCACUGUGCAUCGUUCAACAAUUCAGCGCACUUUGCACAAGGAGAAGCUGUACGGGAGAGUGAUGGAGAAGAAGCCUUUUCUGCACACAUGCCACAAACAGAGUCACUUGAGGUAUGCAAACGCACAUUUGGACAAGCCAGCUUCAUUUUGGAAUAAGGUGCUGUGGACUGACGAAACCAAGAUGGAGAUAUAAGACACUUGUGAUGCCUAUGUUUAAAUGUUGUUAUUCUGACAAAUGUAGUCAAUUGUUGAACGUAGUUCGAUAUACAACCCCAAUUCCGAAGAAGUUGGGACAGCAUGAACAAUGCUAAUAAAAACAAAAAGGAGAGAUUUGUAAUUUAUAUUCACCCUUUGCUAUAUUGAAAGCACUACAA